AACAAACAUGAAAAUCUUCGUCGCCUUCGCACUGAUUGUGGCCGUGGCUUCGGCCGGCGUCAUCAAGCCAAUAAGCAACGAGGAGGCUCAGAUCCAGGCUAUCAUCGAUGCCAUCCAAAGCCCUAGCACCGACCCUGCCACCGCUAUCCUGCUCCAGCAGCAGCUCUUCCAGCUCCUCGGCGUCGCUCCUCCCAGCCCCGUUAUCGUUGACAUCGCUGACCCUGUAGCUGUCGUCGAUGAAGCUAUCUCUCCCGUCGAGGUGGUGGAAGAAGCUGUUGUUGCCCCUAUUGUUGUCGUUGAUGAAGCUGCACCUGCACCUGUUGCUCCCGUUAUCGACCCAAGCCCCGCUAGCUCUCCUCUCGUGCAGGUUAUCCUGAAUAUUAACGCCCCUGCUGGUGCCGUCGAAGUCUCCCCCGCCGGGGACUACGAGGUUCCUUACAUUAGGCCCCCAAUUGCCGUAGUUGACCCUAUUGUGCCUGAACCUAUUGUCUUGCCCCCUACUCCCAUCUUCCCCGUUCAACCUGAACCACCUACUCCCAUCUUCCCCGUUGUCGUUGAGCCUGUUCUCGUGAAUCCUACCCCCAUCUUCCCUGUCCCUGAACCUGUAAUCGUGCCCCCUACCCCUAUCUUCCCCGUUGAGGUUGAGCCCGUUCUUAUCGGUGAUCUUCGCCCCGUCAACCCUGCCAUUACCCUCCCUGAGAUCCUGAAUUAAAUGUUUCCUCGCUCUUCAAGUAAAUUUUAAAAAUACCGUUUCAGAAAACACGCAUGUGAGGUGUCAUUCAAACGUGUAAUAAAUUUGUUACUCAGCAAA